UGAUCUAAUACAACGCUCUGAACCACCAAUAGUCGAACAGUUAACGGCAACAAUAUUAUUGUUCAUUUCAUCUAGGACUGAAUUUCUGGCCACACUCUUAAAAAUUGAUAUUUCAGUGAUUGCUGGUUAUUGAACGAACAAUAUGAACCAUUGAUGCCCAGAAAGUAUCUUGCUGCGUCGUGUCAUAAUGGAAAAAUACCAUAAAAGAAACUAUUUUGAAGAACAGGAACCAAAGAAUUAAGACACACAGUGUCCACUGGUAAAUAAAAUAGUGCCGGGUAUCAGUAAAUGUAAACCAGUCAUGAAGGGUGGCUUGUUUUUUCUCUUUAUGCUUCAAUUCAGCACUGGUUGUAUUCUUACAGAUGAGAAGCAGACAAAAACAAUCUCAGGAUACAGCGGUGGUUCAGUGCUUCUGCCCUGCUCCUGUGCUCAACCUCAAUCUACAGUCCACACAUUCAGCUGGCAGUUUUACACCGGUGAUAAUCAGUGGAUUCAAGUGCUUCAGAAUGAGAAAUACAGAGGCAGAGUUUCACUGUUUAGUCCCAUUUCUCCAACAAAUCUGUCUUUGCUCAUUUCUGGUCUCAGAAAGGAAGAUGGCGGCUAUUAUUCCUGUGUGUCUACAGCAAAUCUUGUGUAUUUUUCCUUAGCAGUUUUAGAGACACCACACAUGCCUAUAAGCUACUUACCAUCCCCAAAACAUGAUGUUAUAGUGCCUGCAAGACCAAUUUCACCUCGAUACAUUCCUCGACCAGAGAGACCUAUAAUCAACUUACCAAGAACAGACGCUAGACCAGUUUUACCUCAAUACACACAACAGUGUGAUCUGGUCAAUAAAGAAAGUAAAACUGGUGUGACUGGAUAUACAGGAGAGUCUGUGGUUCUGCCCUGCUCCUGCACUAACCUACUGUCCAGACCUGAACACAUACAGUGGAUGUAUUGGACAAAGAAUGACUAUAAAGAAAUUUACCCAAAGGAAGAGGUUGAGAGUCACAAGAACAGAGUGAAACUGUUAAAUCAAAACACUCCAGGAAAUCUGUCUCUGCUCAUAUCAGCACUGACCAUAAACCACCAAGGAACCUACUACUGUACUGCAUUGCCUCAACAACAUGUCUACUUCAGACUUAAUGUUAAAGAUAAACCACAAGUUUAUCCAACCAGUACUUCAACACAUGCACCUUCACACCAAACACCAGAACUUUCACCACCCGGACCAACACAUCACACACCUCUAUAUGUUUUCAUUCUAGUGGCAGUGUUCACUUCUGUUGUGUUACUGGCAUUUCUGGCAUUGUCUACUAGAUAUGCAAAGAAGGUAGUGGAAAAUUCUGCUGUAGUCUAUGUUGAAACGGCACCCAUUCCAGCUCAUAGACGGAAUGACCAAACAGAGCUCAUUGAGUAUGUCAAUACCAGUGCAACACAUACUUGAAAACAUCUUUAAUAUCCUCAGAAUUUACGUCAAGACCAAGCGAUGAACUGAUUAGACUUGUAAUUGAGCUUAUGGCCUUUGCAAUUAUUGUACACUGUGGACAAAAAUAUAUGGAGAUGCUUUUUUAAUACAAGUUUGGUUUUAGCAUAAUUUGUUGGAGUUCAUCUAAUCUAGCCUAUAUGUAGAGUUUAUUAACAAGCGUAAUGCUUAUUAACAUUGUAAUAUCGUGUCAUAAAGGAUAAAACAGGUGAGUAUAUUUGCGUGACGUGUCUGAUAACUGAAGCUAAAGCAUAAUGUGUUAUAAUGAUCCGCUUACUGGUAAACUAAUAUAAACAAUCAGAACUUAUCACUGUCAUGCUAAUUUAAAAAGACGAUUGAGUUUGUUAACAGGUUAAAUAUGGGAGAUGCUUUUCUUUUUCUGUCAUUGUGCAUUUUUGUAUCAAUAAAAAUCAAAUAGUUGUUGGUGCCAAUAGCUAGUGGUUUGACUGUCGACACAUAGCACUAAGGUGCUCAUGGCGACCUGAGUUCAAUUCCCGCCUUGAGGUCCUUUGCCGAUCCUUCCCUUCUCUCUGCUCCCCACACUUAAUCUGUAAUCUCCUCUGUCCCGUCCAUUAAAGGUGUAAAAAAUGAAAUAGUUUUGGCAAUUA